CCAUACCAAAAUGUUCGUAAUGGAAAGGGAAGAAUAGUUUAGAUAAUGGUGAUGUAUAUGAGGGAUAAUUGAGAAACGACAAAGCGCAUGGAUGUGUAAAUAACCAAUCAAUAUUAUAGGGUAAAUAUGUGUAUCAGGAUGGCGCUUAACAUUUGGGAUAUUGGGAAAAAGAUGAGUAGAAUGGAAAUGGGAAAGAAACAUUGCCAGAUGGUGCUUAUUAUGAAGGAGAAUAUAAGAAUGGGAAAAAACUUAGCAAAGGAAAAUUUCAAUUUGCUGAUGGAUCUAUAUAUGUUGGUGAAUUCGAUUCAAAUAAUAUUCAUGGCAAAGGAGUUUAUUAAUGAGAGGACAACAGAAAGUAUGUAGGAGAAUGUACCCAUGACUAAUUUUAUUAAUAAUCAAAUAUAUAUAUCAGAAAAUUAGAUUGAUAAUUUGUAUAAGAAAAAGUAUCAGCAUGGCUGUUAAUAGAGGGAGAACCAAUUCAAUUCAAAUAGAAAUGAUUGAAUCAAUAAAAA